AUGCUUUCGUGUGCGACGCGGCCACUCAAUUGUGGCCUCAGCGCCUCGUUACGCCCAAAAAGUGGCCUCUACUCAGCGAAUACAUUAGCAAAUGCUGUCAAGAAUCAGAACAGCGAGACCGCAGUGGCUCAAGUGGCCGCGGAGGUGAUGCUCUACAAUGAAGGGAAUAAAAGUUGGGUUUCCCCGCACGGACUUCCCGAGGGUCGUGCCUCGUGUGUUCAAAUUCUUCACCACAUUCAGCAGCAAACUUUUCGCAUCAUCGCCACGAGACAAGAGGAUGGAGCGAUUCUGAUGAAUUGUCGGAUACACGCACGCUUCAAAUAUCACCCGGCUCGUGCCACUUUUCAUCAAUGGAGAGACGAGAAUCGACAGGUCUAUGGCCUGAAUUUCGCUUCCGAGCAAGACGCGCAAACGUUUCAACAACGAAUGGAAUGGACAGUGGAUUUGCUGAAAAAUAUGCAGCAACAAACGAUGAACAACGGGGAAUAUCAUGUGCCUGAUGCCGUUUAUCAGGAUCCAAAUCAGCCGCCCCUAUCCAUUCAUCACAAUGUCUCGGCUCCAUCAUUUCUCCAUCAAAACUCAUCAGGCAUCCCCCCGCAAUAUCAACACGAGCAACAAGAUCCAAUGAAUUAUCGCAAAGCCUCUCAACCACCACAAACACAUCCAAUGUUGAUGACUCACAAUCAAUCUUCCCAUCAACAACCGAAUGCUCUCUCAGCGAUCAAUCGACGAGCCUCACAAGGCAGCAGCAUCAGCAGUCAAAACAGUCAGAACACGAUGAUGCCCAAUCCUUACAAUGCACAGACCUCAGUGGCCUCUCCAUCUCGAGCCCCAGCCCCAGCUCCUCCUCCUCCACCACCCGCUCCACCAGCUCCACCCGUUGCCGCUCCUCCACCCGCCCCACCACCGCCUCCACCAAUUGCAACUGGCGCUCCCGCUCCUCCUCCACCCCCGCCUCCGCCACCACCAAUCGCCUCAGCAGGUGGCGGGCUUGCCGCUGAAAUUGCUCGAGGCAUUACCCUGAAAAAGACGACACCAAAAGAAUCAAAUGGAGUGGGAAAUGUGGCGAAUCCGCAAAAAGAGAUGAGAAGUCAGAGUUUGACCGAAGAGAAACAAGCAGCUUCAAGUGGAGGAGGUGGUAACAUGAUGGCUGAGUUGAUGCAAACGCUGAACAAACGGAAAAACACGAAAGCGCAGAGUGAUUCGCAAGACAACAAAAGCAAUAUAUCGAAUGGUUCUGCUGAUUCGGGCACCUCAUCAUCAUCGGAUAUCCGCCCACCGCCUCCAAUCAGCAAUGUACCCGUGAAGAAAUGGGAACCCGUUAAGACAAACGGUGCAACCACAAAUGGAAAUUCCACAACCACGGCUAUUGAGAGCCCGAAAGCGCACAGAAAACUCCCCUCAACUUCAUCGAUUUCCACAUUGGAUGGCACACAAAACGGGAAUCCGACGCUGACCCCCGAAUUCCUCGAGCGUUUCCGCGCCGAUCUGAUGCUCGAGGUUCGAGAGGAGAUCUCUCGAGCGAAACAAGAAAUAAUCGAUGUGAUUCGACAAGAAUUGCAAAGAAGA